UAAGGGUAUAAGAAAGAAAGAAAGUCCUCCUUCCUCCUCUGUGUCUGUGGAUAAGCUUCUCACUUUCAGUUCAAUUGGAUAGCCGGAAAGUGGUAUGGAGGUCACAAAUACCAGCAGCAUCAUGUGGUUCUUCAGGGACAAAGGUUUCGAUGAUCCGAGUAUCGACAAGAUGUUGAGAAAAUGCAAGCAGUUGGACAAGGCCCAAAGCGAUGUGGCAUCUGAAAACUGGGACUACCUGAGGAACAUUGUCGGUAUCCAAGAGAGAAAACUCCCUUACAUCGUCUCUCGAUGCCCCAAAAUCCUGACUUUACGCCUCGAUGAGAGACUCAUCCCCAUGGUCGAGUGCCUCUCCAGUCUAGGAAGGAAUCCUCGGGAAGUGUCUUCCGCCAUUACCAAGUUUCCUCCAAUUCUCUCUCAUAGCGUGGAGGAGAAACUCUGCCCCCUUCUUGCUUUCUUUCAAGCGUUGGGUGUGCCUGAGACUCAACUUGGCAAAAUGAUACUUUUUAACCCAAGGCUUAUCAGCUACAGCAUCGACACCAAGCUGACAGUGAUCGUCAGCUUUCUUGCUAGUCUUGGCCUUGACCAAGAUGGGAUGAUCGGCAAAGUUCUGGUCAAGAACCCAUUUCUUAUGGGGUAUAGUGUUGAUAAACGGUUACGGCCUACCACUGAAUUCUUGAAAUCAUCCGUUGGUCUGAGUGAGGAUGGCAUUCAGUCGGUGGUCAUGAAUUUCCCACAACUUUUGUGCAGAGACGUUAACAAGAUUCUGAAACCAAAUUAUGAUUAUUUGAGGGAGUGUGGCUUUGGAGAUUCCCAGAUAGCAACCAUGGUGACUGGUUAUCCCCCAAUUUUGAUUAAGAGUAUUAAGAAUUCACUACAACCUAGGAUCAGAUUCCUAGUCCAGGUGAUGGGAAGAGGCAUGGAUGAAGUGGCUUCUUAUCCUGAAUUCUUUCACCAUGGAUUGAAGAAGAAGGUAGAAUCAAGGUUUAAACUUGUUAAAAAGAACAACAUUGUCUGCAGCCUUAGAGAAAUGCUGGACUGUAACACAAAGAAAUUCCAUGAGAAGUUUGGCUUUCCAGAUGUAUUCAACUGCAAACAAAACAGGACUCCUGGGAUGUGUAUGUUGUUGGAUAAGUCAUUGUCAUUCUUGGCUUGUGAUUAUUGCAGCAACCGACAAGCAACAGAAGAUUCUGCCUAGCCUUACUGCAGAACAGAAUAUGCAGCAAUGCAGUCUAGCAGCUUGUUAAGUAUGGGAGGGUAAAAAGCAUGGAGAAUUACCACUAAAUCGUCAUAAUUGCUUUCACACUUGAGGCUAGCACUUAUACCUGUGACUUGUAGCCGACAACUGUUCUUAAUUUUCACAUUACAGAGGAGUAACAUGUGAAUUUGUGGGCUCAUUCAUUCCACAAAUAUGUCAAAAAGUCACAUUUGAUGACAAGAGAUGGUUGAUCGUUCUCUGCCUCUAAGUAGUAUGUACCUGUCAUAUAAAAAUGAAACCCCCUCUGCUCUCUUUGAUGUAAUGAGAAUUCUGACACGUAGAUGAGAUCAACCGUAUUUUAAACCGGCCAAACUUGAAAUUUUGUUUGCUUCAAAUGCUCUUUCAAGUAGAGUCCCUUUGUUAUUCACGUUUGUAACUAUUCUAUUCUUUC